AUGCGCUUUCUUUCAGGGCUCGGCCUGGUGGGCUUUACAGCGGCCCAGUCAAUCUCCCAUCUGGACCUUUUCGACUAUGGACAGCGCGGGCCUAUUCUGGGAUCCUCCUUUGGCAAGCCCGGGGCGAAUGCAACCUAUGACUAUAUGAUCGUAGGAGGUGGCACAGCCGGGUUGACUAUUGCCAGUAGGCUGGCUCUCAGUCAAUCGAACCUGAGUGUUGCCGUCGUCGAGGCUGGCGGAUUCUAUGAGGUUGACAAUGGGAAUGCCUCCGUCGUUCCUGGAUACGGACUUCAGUUUUCGGGACUUGACCCCAGAGACACCAAUCCCCUCGUCGAUUGGGGCAUAAACACGGUGCCUCACCGGGGCACUGCCAAUCGAGUCUUGCAUUAUGCGCGUGGGAAGACACUCGGGGGUAGUUCGGCCAGAAACCUCAUGAUCUACCACCGACCCACGAUUGGAAGUAUGCAGAAAUGGGCCGAUGAAGUGGAUGACCAGAGCUUCGUUUGGGACAAAAUGUUGCCUUAUUAUAAAAAGUCCCCCCAUUAUACGCCUCCGAGCCCAGGGCUCUUCUCAAAUGUAACGAACGCAUCCGUACAGGCACAAGACGCCUUUGAUCCCGCCGGAGGGCCUCUUCAGGUUUCCUACAGCAAUUUUGUCUCCUCUUUUGCCGGCUGGACUCGUCGUGCCCUCAUUUCUGUGGGCCUACCACAAAUCGAGGGCCUCAACAGUGGCAAGCUCCUGGGUUCUGGGUUUGGAACUUCCACGAUCAACCCGAAGAACGCACAUCGAUCAUCGUCCGAGUCUAGCUUCCUGCAAACGGCACUCAACAGUGGUUCCAAUCUUGUGGUGUAUAAAAAUACUCUAGGGCAGAAGAUCAUUUUCAAUGAAGAUAGAGUGGCCACUGGCAUACAGGUCUCGACAGCCGGCACAUUCGGGACGCAACCCCUUACCUUCACACUCAGUGCUCGCAAGGAAGUCAUCGUCUCCACGGGCGCCAUCCAGUCUCCCCAGCUUUUGAUGGUAUCUGGCGUCGGGCCAUGCGAUGAGAUUUCCGAGUUCGAGAUUCCCUGCGUCAGCGACUUGCCCGGUGUUGGCAAGAACUUGCAAGAUCAUGUCCUGUUUGGCCCCUCACAUCGAGUGCACCUUGAAACAACGUCCGUGUUCUCGAACAACGCAACCGCUACAGCACUCAUCGUGCAACAAUAUCUCCAGGAUGCCUCCGGUCGGCUCUCCAUCGGUCUUCCAGGCUAUUACGGUUGGGAGAAGCUGCCGGAGCCGUACCGCUCACAGCUAUCCGAUGAGUCCAUUGCGGCGCUUUCAGACUAUCCAGAGGAUUGGCCGGAGAUAGAGUGGCUCCCUCUCGACCUGUUCACGGGCGACAACUCCUUCAGAGCCGACCCGGCAGAUGGACAUAAUUACGCCACGAUUACUGCCGGGCUCGUGGCCCCACAAUCGAGAGGCACUGUUAAAUUGAACAGCUCGGACAUGAACACUCUUCCACUGGUUGAUCCCGCAUUCUUGGAAGACCCAACCGACGUCGAGCUGGCCAUUGCCAGCUUCAAGCGUUCUCGCGAGAUCUGGGGAAAGCUCGAGGAUCUGGGGGUUGCCGAAUCAGAAUACUAUCCAGGUGGAAAUGUCACAACCGACGAGCAGAUCCUCGAAUUCAUCCAGCGAACCAUGACGACGGUCUAUCAUGUGGCCGGCUCUUGCAAGAUGGGUAGAGAAAGCGAUCCCAUGGCAGUAGUCGACAGCAAAGCUCGGGUGUACGGCGUGCGUCGCCUCAGGGUCGUAGAUGCCAGCGCCUUUCCGUUCUUGGUCCCAGGGCAUCCGCAAGCGACAGUCUACGCUUUGGCAGAGAAAAUCACGGAUGAGAUAUUGAGCGAGGAGUAG